GUGGUGAACGGUCGCGUUUUGCGGUUGCGUUAAUUUUCCCAAAAAUUUUUCCUUAUUCAGCGCGUUAGUUGUUAUGGGCAAUUUGAAGUAGUGCGGUGCAAUGAGUUGGAUCUACUAAAAAUAUUUAAAAUUUCCCCCUCUACAUGUUCGCACAACUGUGAAAUUUCAAAUCAAUUUUGGAAUGGUAUUUUAACAAAAAAGCACGUUUUCGAAACAAAAUUUAAAGUUUAUUUAUGUGCAGUGUUGCUGGCAGUGCAAUGUUUGUAGCGCAGUGAGUGGCGAUUUUUUCCUCGAUUGGAUUUGCGAAAAAUAUUUGUGUUUAAUAUGAAACUUUGGAAGGCGAAAAAACCGAUUAGCUGCGUGCCCGGCAAAUCGGCAACACUGAAAAACGAGGAUAAAUUAGAUGGCGGCAAUGGUGGUAGUGGCGGCAUACCGCUAACGCCAAUUGUUUCGGUUGAUCGCGCCAUGAGUCCGGCACAAUCGGAGGAUUCGGGUCUGGCACCCGAUCGUGGCACCACAUAUGCCACCAUAACAUUGCCACGUGACGGCGCACUCAAUAUGGGCAUCACAUUCGUAGAACGCAACGACCUUUCGUAUCCACCUGUUAUUGGCGCGCUGAGUCCACUGGGUCAUGCUGCGGACUUUCUAGCGCCUGGCGAUCGCAUUCAUCAAAUUGACGGCAUCUCAACAAUUGGGUUGAGUAAUCAACACGUCAUGAGCAUGCUGUGCGGCACUUGUGAUGGCUCAACAACCGCUGGGAAUGGCUCGGGUACUGGCUCUAGUGGCGGCGGUGGUGGUGGUGGCAGUGGUGUUGAUGGAGGAGGCGAUGCUCGCAGUGUUCCUGCUGUGGUGGAAAUCGAAUAUUCUCUACCCGAAUAUAUCUCCCAGAAUAGUUUGUGCGUCACAUCAAAGUUGGCGCAAAUCACAGUGGAACGCGAAAGCGGUUGUUUGGGUUUGACGCUGCGUGGCGGUGGCGAUUUCCCAUUGAUCGUCACGCACGUUCGGCCGCAUGGACCUGUCUACAAGACCGGACGCAUCAAACCGGGCGAUCGGCUGCUGCGUGUCGAUAAUCUGUCGCUCAUUGGCAAAACACUGGCCGAGGCACAACAGAUCAUCAAAUGUGGUGGACACGUUUCCGGCUAUACAAAUCUCACAGUCGAAUAUGAUGUGUCCGUGGUGCAGAGUGUCGAAUUUUCAAUGGGUCCACUGUUGAUUGAAAUCGAGCGGCCCAUGAAUGAUAAAUUGGGGCUAGUGUUGUGCAACUAUCCAGCGACUAGUCAUUUGGAUCACACAAAAAUCGAUGAGGUCAGCACAGCUGGUAUUUAUAUAGCGAGCAUAAUGCCAGCCAGCAUUGCAGACAGAUGUGGCGCCUUGUCUGUGGGUGAUCAAGUGCUCUCCAUCGACGACACCAUAAUCGAGAACUCAGCCCACAGUCCGGACGAAGUGAUGACAAUGUUGGAUGCGAACACAGGCCGUGGCUAUACACAGAUGCAAAUUAUGCCGGCGCACGCGUUGACGCGACGAGGUCACACAACGCUCGGCAGUCCGAAGUAUGGUUUCAGCACAUUGGAGUCACGCAAGUCGCGGCAACGCCAACGUUUCGUACGAAAAAGUUCGCUGCCACUGGAAGGUGGUGGUGGUGGUGGCAGUGGCGGAGGCAACGGCGGAGGAGGCGCUAACGUUGGAGUCUGCGGUGGCGGCGGCAACAGCUGCAAUGGCGGUGGCAGCACGGGCAGCAAUAGUGGCACAGCCAGCAGCGCCAGUGGUGGUAGUAGCGCCAGUGGCAGCAGCAAUGGUGUCAACAGCAGCAGCAGCGCAUCUUCGACCGGAGUUGGCAGCAGCAUGAACGUAGGGCUUGGGACGUCGCUGCAUCAUCCCACCAGCGCCAUUGGCAUUUGUCGCUCUGAAACAUUUCCUGUGUUGCUGGACUGCAGUCAGGGUUCCGGCAUAGUACUUGGCCCAGCGACUGCUUGCGGACGCGCCGUCACAAUUGCGCAAGUGUUGGCCGAUUCGGUGGCCGAUCGCAGUGGUUCCAUACAGAAGGGCGAUCGCAUUGUGGCCAUUAAUAAAAUGUACAAUUUGGAUGUGCAGACGAUGCGCCAGUUAUUGGGCGAGAAUCGCACGCUACAGUCACAGAAGUCACAACAAUCGCCAGCAGCUAAUUGGUUGGAAUUGGAGAUUGAAAUCGACAUGGCCGAUUCGGUGGUACCGUCAAGCGGUGUGUACAAUGUUAAGUUGUUGCGCGCGGGCAAAUCGGGACUGGGCAUCAGCGUGAAUGGUUCUAGUCAUGGUGGUUUUGUUAUAUCCGAUGUGAAACCCGGCAGUCCAGCACAUCGUACUGGGUCGUUACGUGGCGGCGAUAUACUCUUAGCAGUGGAUAAUCAUCCGGUGCAACAUUACAAUGUAGACUCGUUGCUGAAGGAGAGCACAGCCGCCAUUGAUUUUACUACGCUGACAGUGAAGCGCGUUAUGCUGCCGGACUUUCUGUUCGAUGCGCAACAAAAAAUGCCAAAUCCCAUCUACAGCAAUUGUGCGGCUAGUCCGAGUGAGCAUGAACUGUACAGCACAGCGGCAUACGUUACAUCCAAGUUCAACGAUUGCUUAUCAUUGAAGUCUACGACGCCGCAACCAGAUUUCUUCCACACUACCGGCGGCGGCGGCGGCGGCGGCGGCAUUGAUGACAACUGUAGUUUGCAGUCGGUGCAAAUGCGGCAUCAUCAGCAUGCCUGCAAUACUUGGAGCGCCAACACGUCGGCGAUGGGACGUUCCUUUGCAGCGCAAAACACACAAAGUCUUACCACGGAACUACCGGACAAUGAGGAUAACAAUUAUCAGGACUUUACCGGCUACGAUCUGGACCGCUAUGCGAGUGCCGAUUGCAGUGCCUUACCACCACCCAUGGAAAAUAAGGUAUACGGCUCUGCCACGAGUUCGAGUAGCAAGAGCAGCGGCAGCAGUCUUCAUCAGAUUAUCUUCACCGUGCGACUGGAGCCAAAAGGCGGCUUGUUAGGCAUAACGCUUGCCGGUAGCGAGGAUAUUGGCAAGCCGAUAACCAUAAGCGGACUUGUGGAAGGCGGCAUUGCACACAAGCAUGGUCAAAUACAAGUUGGCGAUCAACUACUGGCCAUCAACGACGAUUCAGUGCAGGGUAUGCCACUGUCGCACGCAACAAGUAUUUUGCAGAAUCUCAGCGAUACAGUUGACUUGAAAAUAUUGCGCGCGCAUGAAAUAUCAAGCAUUAUGGCGGGUGGGCAUCUAGAUGCUGCUAAUUUGCCACAGCCACAGGCUAUUUAUGCCAAGGUGCAGCGGCGUCCACGCAGUCCCUCCUCGAAUACGGACGCGACUUCGGCCAGCGGCAGCAAAGAUGGCAAGCAUCGUGUCUUCCAUGUGACCUUGAAAAAAGAUAAGGUAUACGAUGAUUAUGGAUUUUCGGUGUCGGAUGGCCUGUACGAACGCGGUGUGUUCAUCAACCGCAUACGCAGUGGUGGACCGGCGGACUUGAGUGGCCUACUAAAGCCGUUCGAUAGAAUUAUGCAGGUGAAUGAGAUGAAAACGCAGGACUUUGAUUGUUGCCUGACAGUGCCUUUGAUAGCAGCGGCCGGCGACAAGAUCGAGCUGAUCAUUCAGCGCACAGAAUGAUCGUGGCGCUUGCCAGAGCAACUGGUUUACAAAUAUAAAUACUGACAAUGAGUGUGCCUUUUUCUAAAGAGUGUAACUGCUCUGCACGAUUUUUUGUUUAAU